CAGGUUACUACCUUACCUUGCAGGCUGUUCCAAGCAACGUGCCUGGUCACUCGACCGGCCCACCCGAAGUUCACCAAGGGAGAGAUCUGUUCUCGUUCUUUAUAUUGUGCAAGAUCUUGCACGCACAUCUUUAUAGCUAGAAUCCAGUUUUGGAAGUCUGACCAAGGUUACAGGAGAUGUACAUGGUGGUGGUGGUGGGGUUUGGGUUUUAGAGGUUGAGUGGUGGUUGUAAAGAGGAAAGGGGGAGAGGAAGAAGGCAAUCAAAUUGUUUGAAUUACGACACAACUACCUCCCUUUCUGAAACCUGGCAGCACUACUGAUUGCUGAACCCAUUUAUGUAGUAGCAUCAGUAGCAAAGCUCUAGUUGCACCACAAACUAUUGAUAGUGACUCCUGAUCUAAUGCCAGUUGAAAAUAGUGCACUCUUUUAGGGGUGAACUAUGAGAAAUAUACUUGCCCCAUUAGCAUGCAUAUAGUAGAGCAACCAGCCCCCUUCAACAGCUCUCAUAAUGUGUUCUACGCUGUUGAAAGUUAGGUCCACAUGAGGUGUGGGAUAAAAGGACAGUGAGGAUAGCACUCCCCUUAUUCUUUUCCUAAAGGAGAAGAACUUCAUUUCUGAGACAUUGAAAACACAUUAUUAUUUUCAUGGUUGAUAUGUUUAGUGAAAUUUCAUGUGCUGUGCUGUCUAAAUUUGGUGAGUUAUUUAACAGGAGGACUUCUACAACCAACCGACCUUCAAUAUGUCCAGGUCAACUAUUGUAGAUAACAUUGUGAAGUUUGUGACAGAAGUUGUUGGAAACUCAUACUAUUCUGCAGUGAAAUCUGGCUUUGAUGACACUAAUACAAAUCAGGCGACGAGGAUUUCCUUCAAGUAUGGUUGCUCGAGAGGGGUGUUUGGGACGCCUAUUUUCUUUGUAAAUGGAUUUGUAUUACCCGGUGCUGGCGCGGCAAUAGACUAUAAUACAUGGAGAAGCAUCAUUGACCCAUUGGUCAGCCAGUAG